AUCUCUUUACACAAUAAAAAGUGCUAUAAAAAAUAUUAUAUUUCAAUACAAUGUUGUCAGUGUAUUGUUGGAGUCCCGACCCGACCCUUAGAAAACAAGCGAUUCCCUGAAAGUUAUCUGGUCGCAAGUUUUCGGUAAAAUGCAGUUGGGUUGUCGAGGUAAAAACAUUAUGCUAGGUUAUAUGUAGCACCUGUGAAUCAAUAAACGUAUUAUAAAUAAUAUUAUGUAAUGUUUUUACUUUAACACAAUGUUUGCUGCUUCAAUUCAGAUGAGUAUAGAAAAGUACUUUGUGAAAAAGGCACGUAUUGAGGAUGAGGACCAGCCAGAACCGGAGGUAUCAGUCUGAAACAGCGCUGAACAGUCCGACCAGUAUAGUAAUUAGUUUUGUUAUUAAUUUGUUUACAAUAUUUCAGGCUUCAACCAGUGCUGCUCAGUCAAAAAGACAGGGUCAGGGAGAGAAAGAAAUAGUUUCUUUAGGCCUUGAAGAAAGAGUAGGAGAGGAUGACGGCAUCCAUGCUGCUGUGAGAGAGACUGCUGAAACAACAGGUAAGGUGUACAAACAGAUGUGGACACAGGCAGGUAAGAAAGCAGGUUCCAGGACAAGGGAAAUCAUUUAUAUUCUUCUGUUUCUAGCAGACAGGACUUUGGCAACAUCCAAAGGCACCAAACACAGGGGCACUGGAUUCAACCCUGAGUGGUUGAACAUGCUUCAGUUCAAGCCAUGGUUGUACCACACACAGCAUGGGAUGUUUUGUAGACUGUGCAGGCAUCACAAGCCUGCACCCAAGAAAGGUGCCACAAAGAGGGCUUUUGUUGAGUUCGGGGCCAAUACCUACAGGCAAGACUAUUUGGAGCGGCACAUCACCAAAGAGCACCACCAGGAAAGCAUCAGAUGCCAGGCAUCACUUGCAUCCGGUGUCUCUGUAAUGGACUCGUUUGAGCCUACUAUUGUGCUAGAGCACGAGGCCGUCAUUGGUGGCUUCAAGUGUCUCUAUUGGCUGGUAAAAAAUGAAAAGGCCCACCACACCAACUACUCAAAGCUUCUGAGCCUGGCAGAGCUUUUGGGCUGUGAUUACUUUAAGAAGUUAAAGAUUGACCACAGGAACAAUUACAGGUCUCAUAGAAUAAUUGAUGAGAUGCUUGAGAUUUUAUCUCAUGAAAUUGAGGAGCCUAUUCUGAUGGCCAUAAGAGCAUCACAGGCAAUUAGCCUGGAAAUAGACGAAAGCACAGAUGUGUCUGUGUCCAGGCAGCUCGAUCUGCAUGUCAGAUACAUGGAUAAAGAGGGAAAAGUAGUGAACCAAUUUCUGGAUCUUGUCACUGUUCCGGAUGGAAAAGCUGACACCAUUGUGUCAGCUGUUAAAAAAGUGCUACUAGAGAAAGGUAUCCCAACAGAGAGGCUGUAUGGGCUCGGGACUGAUGGGGCAGCCGUAAUGACAGGUAAUUAUUUUAAACCAUGUGAGAGUAUCUUGGCGGUUGAAUCCCUAAAUAUUGUGACUAAAUGUUGUUUUUUAAAUCUAGGGCGUUUGAAUGGGGUUGCAAAGCAGCUAACUGACAGCUUCCCCAAACUUGUGACCGUGGCCUGUGCUGCCCACAGACUGGCCCUUGCCUGCAAAGAUGCAUCAAAUGAUGUGAAAUACAUGGCCACUUUCAGAAACCACUUGCAGGACCUCUACCUGUAUUUUAGAAACAGUGCAAAUCGUACUGCCACUCUCAAGGCUGCAUCCAUAACCCUGGGUGUCAGUGACUUGAAGCUUAAGGAAGUGAAGGACACACGCUGGCUCUCACAGCACAAGGCCAUUGAGACCCUACAGAGGAACCUGAGUGCCGUCCUUGGAGCCUUGGCAGAGGAGGCAGAGGUGCGCAAAUGUCCUGGGGCAAAGGGACUCUACACAUUCUGUGCUACGUACAGAUUUGUGGCUGCCGUGUACCUCCAGGCCGAUGUUUUGCCCCACCUCGCCUGCCUCUCUAAAAUCUUUCAGAAAGCACAUGUUAAUUUCUUACAUAUCAAAGAGCAGGUUCCUGUGACAAUCCAGACUCUAAAAAAUAUAAAUGAGGCUGGACAAACUCCACUCCCUGGAUCCUUCUUGUCUCGCCUCCAUGAGGAUCUUGAUGAUCCCCAAGGACUUGGAGCCUUUAACAUUCAGCACGAGGAGGAGAGGGAUAGGAGAGGGCGAGAGGUCCAAGAUGAGUCACGGGUGGGGAAAUGGGCCAGAUUCCAGCGAGAGAUCAUUCACCCGUACAUAACCGGCCUGGUAAAAAAUCUGGAGAAGAGAUUCCAUAAUCUGGACAUCCUUGGAGCCUUCCAUGUCUUGGGGCCACAGUCAGCUACUCUAAAAGAUGACACAGUGAAUAUCGCUCAUCUGCAGACUCUUUCAAGGAAAUGUUGCCCUCAACAUGAGAAGGAAGUAGUUCAGGAGUGGCUCUCGUUCAAGAACCAUGUCCUUACUGGGAUAUUCAAGAACAAGAACCAGGAGGAGCUCUUGAGUUUACUGGCAAGUGAAUUUGAUGAGUGGGCCAACCUCUACCCCUGCCUGAGCCUUCUUGCGAGCAUUGCUCUGGUUAUCCCUGUUUCCUCAGUCAACUGCGAACGGGAUUUCUCCACAAUGAACAGAGUGAAAACAGACCUCAGGAACCAACUACAGAGAGAACACCUGGCAGCUUGCCUGAGGAUCUCCAUCAAUGGACCAUCUCCUGAAGCCUUCCCGUAUAAUAGGGCAUUAGAAACUUUUUUUAGCAAGCCCCGCAAAAUACGUUGCUCCAACAAAAGUUGCAGACUUUGCUACAAGAAGUAGUAUAGGGUGUGACGUGUACUGUACUAAAGUUUAGGGAAGUUGUGUAUAGUGUGAAUAAUAUAGUUCUAUAUUUAGUGAUGUGUUUUUUUAUAUGACGAGGCCCCCCCCCCCCCCCCCCCCCCCC